AUGGGGCUUGAUAUAGAAAGUAAUUCAGCCUGGCUAUACCCCAUGAUAGAAUCCUGCUUACCUGAUGAUAUUUUAAGAGCAUGGCAGAGAUGCAAUAUUAGGGGAAAGGAAGAUUCUGAUAGUGAAGCGAGUUUUCCGAAGUCGAGUUUAACAUUGUUAAUGAACUUUUUGAAGAGGGAGGUAACGGGUGAAGAAAGAUUACAGUUAGCCAGGUCAGGCUUUGAAACUAUUAUCCCAAAAGAGAGAGUAAAAGAAAAAAUACGGAAAAGGGAUAACAAGUACCCUACUGCAGCUGGUUUAUUCGCUGCUAAAGAAAUGUUGUGUUUGUUCUGUGGUAAGUCGCAUGAAAGUAAAGACUGCGUAGUCGCCAGAUCGUUCUCUCUGGAAGAAAAAAUAAAAAAAGUCAGGGAAAAGAACUGUUGUCUGAAAUGUUUACGCUUUGGCCACUGUGCCAAAACAUGUAAAGUUUUUGUAUGCUGUCAUGUCUGCUCAAAACCUCAUACAGAGAUUUUCUGUCCUGAGAUAGGUAAAACGAAAGAAAUUAGUGAUAAAAGUAAACCCCUAGCAAAUAUCCAGAAUACACUAGCAAAUCAGCAGUGUUCAAAAGAAGUAGCUCUCAUGACACUAGAAAUACUAAUUAAGGGUAAUAAGAAAAUUAAGAAGGUUAGGAGGGCACUAUUGGACAGUGGGUCCCAAAGGAGUUAUAUUUUAAAGAGCACCGCGAAAGAACUUGGUCUUAAGCCUCUCGCUGCAUCAGCUAUUACCCACACGGUAUUCGGAGGUGCAGAAAUAGAAGCUAAACUUUAUAGUAAAUAUAAAUUAAAUUAA